AUGGAUAAUAUAGUACAACAUGUGGAUGAUGAAUAUAAUGAAGCCAAAUAAGAUUCUUAUUAACAACCUGAGAAGUUAUCAGACAAUUUAGGAAGAACUGUUUUCUUUGACUCGAACAAUCUUCCAUAAGUAGAGUGCUAUUACCAUAAAGGAUAUUAUAUAUCUAAUAUGUGUAGAGCACCUUAAUGUAUAAUACCUUUAUGUCCCCUUUGCAUUCAUCUUCAUUCUAAAGAGCAUGUCAAUGAGGGUACCUAUCCAGUAUUUGAAUCAUUGGAGGUCUUACUUAAUCAAGCAAGUGAUCAUGUUAAUAAUGAAUGUAAUCAUAUCUUUUAUAUCAUUUAUAGUGAAGAAAUUCACUAAUUCUUAUUAUGAUAUCAAAAAGCAUGUGAAUACUUUUGAGGUUCAUGCUGAUAAAACAAUAAAAAAAAUAAGAGAAAUAAAAAAGCGUAUUUAAGAUGUUGUAGAGCAAUUUUUCAAUGGUUUAGAGAAUGAAGUUUCACAUAAAUAGAAAAAGAAUGUAAAUAAUUAAGAAAGAGAUGCUAAACAUUUAUUAUAAAUGAUAGAAGAUCGAUGGAGAUCAAUGAAAUAGAUGUUAACUACAUUUUAAAGUUCAGAUUGUUUAACAGCACUUAUUCCUUAUUUUACAACAACAUUUUAAGAAGAUAAUCAUGUUUAUUAUAAAAAAAUAGGAGAAUAUAUAAAUGCAUUUCCAACAGUUAGUAGUGAAGUUCAUAUCGAUUAACAUAGAGCGUAUAAUAAUUGUAUAAUAAAAGUUCUGAGUUGAGUGUAUUUUUAAGUUCAAUAAUAAGAGUUCAACACACUUCAAUUCCUGAUUUUAUAGGUAUUCAUUAAUUACCAACAACAAAUGUUACUGAAAGCACAAAAAUAAGUUCUUUUUAAAGUAGUUCUCUUUAAGGUAGCAGAAUCAAAGAACCAUUGCGUGUAACUAUUCCUGAGAAGUAAACUUAAUUUGAAACUUUUGAUCAACGAAGAUCACCAAUUUAAGAUGUUAGAGCCUAAAGAAGUCCACCUCCUAAUUCUUAAUCUAUGUUUCCAUAUCCAAUUCAUGCUUCUAUGCAUUAAUAUCCUUCUUAACAUCAUUUACCACCUUAACAUUAUUUACCACCUUAACAUCAUAGAUUUUGA